AUGCCGACCCAACUCACAGGGCGCACGAAGCCCACGAAACUCAAAAAGGCGAUCCGCGGUGGUCAAAAACGCAAACGCGACGACGUCGAUGUGGAAAGUCUGGAAUCGGCGGUCCGCGAGCUCGACCUUUCAACGCAAUACACCAACUUCACCGAUCUGCCCCUCUCAGAACCCACCAAGGCAGGAUUGAAAGCAUCGGCCUUUGCCACCCUGACCGACAUCCAAGCCAAAGCGAUUCCGCUGGCGUUGAAAGGAAAAGACAUUUUGGGCGCGGCGAAGACGGGAAGUGGGAAGACUCUGGCGUUUUUGAUCCCCGUCUUGGAGAAUUUAUACCGCACACAAUGUGUCGGGGGAGAUGCGGGACUGGGGGCGUUGAUUAUUGCUCCGACGAGGGAAUUGGCCAUUCAGAUUUUCGAAGUGUUGCGGAAAUUGGGGAAGAAGGGACAUUUGUUCGCGGCGGGUCUGGUGACGGGAGGUCCUAAUCUCAAGGCCGAACAAGAGGCGUUGAGUCGGAUGAAUAUCGUCGUCGGUACUCCCGGAAGGUUGUUGCAGCAUUUGUCCCAAACUGCGGCGUUUAAUGUGGAUAAUCUGCAGAUGUUGGUCUUGGAUGAGGCCGAUCGCAUUCUGGACAUGGGAUUUCAACGCGAUGUGGAUGCUAUUUUGGAUUAUCUGCCCAAAACCCGCCAGACGAUGCUCUUCAGUGCCACUCAGACGAAGAAAGUGGGCGAUUUGGCGAGAUUAUCCCUCCAUGAACCCGAAUACGUCUCCGUGCAUGAAGCAGCCGCAUCGUCGACUCCCAAGUCUCUGCAGCAAAACUACGUCAUCACUCCCUUGCAAGACAAACUCGACACCCUUUGGUCCUUCAUCCAAUCCGCCAAGAAAUCCAAACUCCUCAUCUUCCUCUCCUCCGGAAAACAGGUCCGUUUCGUCUACGAAUCCUUCCGACACAUGCAGCCCGGAAUUCCCCUCCUCCAUCUGCACGGCCGACAAAAACAAACCGCCCGUCUGGAAAUCACACAGAAAUUCUCCACUUCCAAAAACAGCUGUCUCUUCGCCACCGACGUCGUGGCUCGCGGGUUGGAUUUCCCCGCCGUGGAUUGGGUCGUGCAGGUCGAUUGUCCCGAAGACCCAGAAACAUAUAUCCACCGGGUGGGUCGUACGGCACGUUACGAACGAGACGGUCGCGCCGUCCUCUUCCUCGACCCGAGUGAAGAGGAAGGAAUGCUCCAAGCGCUGGAAAGGAAGAAAGUUCCGAUUGAGAAGAUCAAUGUCAAAGCGAAGAAACAGACGAGUAUCAAGCCGCAAUUGCAGAGCAUGUGUUUUAAGGAUCCGGCGUUGAAGUAUUUGGGUCAGAAAUGUUUUGCCAGUUAUGUGCGCAGUCUGCAUAUUCAAAAGGAUAAGACUAUCUUUCGCAUUGAAAAAUAUCCCUUGGAAGAGUUUGCGGCGAGUCUGGGACUUCCCGGUGCGCCGAGGAUUAAAUUCUUGAAAGCGGAUCAGGAUGCUGUCAAAGCGAAGAAGAACGCUAGUCGACAGGCCAUGCUUUCGGAUUCGGAGGAUGAGGGAGAGGAGGAGGAGGAGGGAGAGAAGAGUAAGAAGAAGGAAGUCAGGACGAAAUACGACCGCAUGUUUGAACGACAGAAUCAGGAUAUCCUCGCGGAUCAUUACUCCAAGAUGAUAGCCGCAGAUGACGAACAAGACGUGGAUCGGAAUAAAUUCGACGGAGAACAAUCCGCCGACGACGAUCUCUUCGAUGUGAAACGUCGCAUCCCAGCGGGCGGGGACUCAGAUUCCGACAAUGAACUCCCUGCCGCCAGGACCAUGGACGGAGAAAUCGCCAAAGCAGUCACCAUUGACGGCGCCAAGAACCCUCUAGUAUUGGACUCCAAACGCAGGGAAAAAUUACUGAAGAGUAAGAAGAAGUUGUUGAAAUUCAAGGACAAGGGACAUAAACUCGUCUUUGACGACGAAGGGAACGCGAGAGAAAUCUACGAAUUGGAAGAUCUCGCCGACUUUGAAGCUCGAGGGGAUGCGCAGGCUCAGCGGGCUAAAUUUGUGGCUGAGGAGGAGGAGAGGGUUCGGGAGGCGGAUGUGGAGGAUAAAGCUGCUGCCAAGGAGAAGCGGAGGGCGAAGAAGGAGAAGAGGAAGGCGAGGGAGAGGGAGGAAAUUGGUAUGGAUGAAGAGAGUGAUGGUGAUGAUGGGGUUACGUUCCAUGGAGGUGGGGAGGAUGCUUUGGCGAAUUUCUUGGCUGAUGCGAGGGAGGGGAGUGAGGGGAGUGAGGAGAGUGGGGAGGAGGAGGAUCAACAGCCCAAGGCGAAGAGGGCGAAGAAGUGGUUUGAGGAGAAGGGGAAGAGGAAGGAUUUGGGUGGUGGUGAGGAGAGGGAGAUUGAGACUUUGGGGGAUUUGGAGGCUGAGGCUGCGAGGUUAUUGGGUUGA